AUGAAUGAGAGGAAUGACUCUGGACCAUCUGUUAUCGACAAGGACACAAGUUCAAUGGAGCUAAGAGCCAAGGAUGAUGGUGUUGAUACUGCUGAUGAGCCUGAGGAGUCCAAUAAUUCUGACAAACCAGAAGAAGGAAACGAUGAGAUUGUGAAUCAGGAUAAUUUUGGUGACACUGAAAAUUUAGAAGAUAAAAUCGAGAACAAGGAAGAAGCACUUGCAGAUCCAGCUGGACUAACUCCUGAUGUGGGCAAUGGACAGAUUGAUGAUGACAUGGAGAUUGACGAAACAGAUGAGGUCGAAAAGGAAGAUGCAGAUCAGCAGGAAGAACCUAGUCCAGAAGAUCAAAUGCAUCCUGAAGAAGGUGAAUAUGACCAAGAAACACAAGAGCCUGCUGGGGAAACAAUGGAGGAUAGGGCUGAAGAUAUGUGUGAAUCCUCCCGAAAAGAAGAUCCUGGAGUUGAUCUUGAACAGAAAUCUGAAACGGAACCAAUAGAAGGAAAAGAAACUAUGUCAGAAGAUGUGAAGCCAAACUUCUGUAAUGAUAAUAUUUCUGGCGUGGAUUCCGGUUCACAAAAUCCUCAUGGAUCUAAUGGGAUGGGGGCAGGAAGUACAGCACCACAAGAAAAUUUGUCAGCUACUAAUGUUUCGGACGAACUCACGGAUUCAAUGGAUCAGCCUUUAGGUAGUAACACUGAGAUGAACCUCACGAUGACUAGCUUGGCCAGUGGUGAGACAUUGACAGACAAAAUAACGAAGAUGGACCAGUCAUCUACAUCUCAACAAACCAAGGUGAAUCCUUAUAGGAACGUUGGUGAUGCAUUGAAGGAGUGGAAAGAAAGAGUUAGAGUCUCCUCAGACCUUGGAGAAAAGCAAGAGGCUGAAAAUGAGAUGGAAGACCCUGAUGCUGGUGAAUAUGGAUAUGCUUCUAAGUUUGAUGCAGGAGCUUCCCAAGCUCUAGGACCUGCGUUGCCUGAGCAAGUGAACACAAAUAUGAGAGAGGGGGAAUCUGAGGAAGAAAGACUCGCAGGUAAUCAAGAUGAAGCCUCCCCGAUGGAUGUUGAUGAUGUGAAUCCCGAAAACAAACCUGCUGUUCAGUCCAAACCGUCGAUCAGGAAUAGCAUCUGA